GGGAGGUGCAAUCAGGUGAAAAUCAGCUGGACAUUUACAAUGACACCAAAUCAGUGUUGAUAUAAGAUUUUCAGAAUGUCCAACAUCAAAGGAAGAAAAUGCAAAGCUGUGCUACGGAAGCUCAUUCCUUGGAUUUUAUUGAUCAACACCGUACUGAUAUUUUACUGCUUGAAAACCCCAAGGCAUAAAAGCCGAGGGAUCCAAGAGGACUCAUGUCCUCUCAACAUGGCAAAAUCCUUGAAGAAUGCUUCAGUUUUUAUUUUUCCAAGCUCUACAACUGAAAAUGAGUGCUCUCCCAAAGUGAAUUUCAUGUUCAUGAAGACCCAUAAAACUGCAAGCAGCACCAUUCUCAACAUCCUCUUCAGAUUUGGGGAAAAGCACAAACUUAAAUUUGCCUUCCCCGAUGGAAGAAAUGACUUCUUCUAUCCGUCGCCAUUCCAGUGCUCUCAGGUGAAGGACUACCAGCCGGGGGAGUGUUUUAAUAUUGUGUGCAACCACAUGCGCUUCGACCACCAAGAAGUUUCCAAACUCCUUCCUACAGAUGCUCUGUAUGUCACAAUCGUGCGUGACCCCGCGGAUCUCUUUGAGUCGUCUUUUCACUACUAUCACCGAGCAAUUCCCCUGACAUGGAGCAUCAAGGGGGAGAACAAACUGGUGGCGUUUCUAAACAAUCCUCAGGCGUACUACGAUCCCAUCGCUUUUAACUCAUUCUAUCUUAAAAACCUACUGUUUUUCGACUUUGGUUUUGAUAACAACCUUGAAGCUGAUGAUCUUCGUGUCAUGAGAGGCAUUCGCUACUUAGCAAAAACAUUUCAUCUGGUGCUCAUAGCUGAAUAUUUUGAGGAGUCUCUGAUCCUGCUCAAGGAUUUACUCUGUUGGACCACGGAGGAUAUCCUGUACUUUAAGCUCAAUGUUCGCAGGAGCUCAUCUGUGUCUCAGCUGGACCCAGAGACCAGAUCCAAAGCUUUACAGUGGAACGGGGCUGACUGGAAACUAUAUCAGCAUUUUAACGCAACAUUCUGGGAAAGAGUGGAUGCUUACGGGACAGAGAGGAUGAAACAGGAAGUAAACCAGCUGAGAAAAAGAAAUGCUGAGAUGAAGGCCAUUUGUAUUGAGGGCGGAGGGGCUGUCGAAGCCCAAAAGCUUCAGAGCAGGCGUUUCCAGCCUUGGCAGCCAGUUGGAGAGAAAUCCAUUCUGGGCUACAACAUGAAAAAAGAAAUUGAUCCCAAAUUCAGAAAAAUCUGUGAAAAAAUGCUCACGCCUGAACUUCAGUACCUCUCAGACUUGGGAGUAAACCUGUGGCUGACCAGACUGUAUGGUUGGUUAAAAGAUACAUUUUACUGACUUUAUUUAUUACCAGUUUAUUACCAGUUUUGUUAUGAACUAGUGUUAUUAUUACCUUUGUUAUUUUUGUUAUGCACAACCUGCUUGUGGAUAUAUGAGAAACGAAGAUAAUUUUGAAUAAUCAAACCUGUUUGUUUAGAUUUGUCAUGUGAAUUGAUGCUCGUUUCUCCACCAGGGUGUAAGCCGAUCUGAUUUCAGUUUGACAUGUAAAGCCUGAUACUCCUCCGUAUCAUAUUUAUUAAUAUCUUAUCUUUCCCAGGACACUUUCGACGAGUUUAUGUGCAAAACCUGAGUGAAAAUUGCAGUUACGGUGUCACUGCACGUCUUCUGCAUUGACAGCAACAGAACCCGAGCAGGGCAGCCUGCACCGGCAGAGGGCAGUAAUGGUGGAGGUGCUUUUAAUGACAGGCCGUGUGUGACCCCUGGAGGCCUGAUGCCUGUCAGCAGCUUCAUGACGAGUUUUUAAAAGGCUGUCUCUGCUGAACGUGACUUAGUAUUGUACAUGGUGUCCUCAACAUUAAUGGAAAUAAUUAAUCUUUAGCACUGAAAAAUAAUCAGUGAGUUGUGUGUUAACCUAAAUAGAUGUCAAAUUUUCUUAGACUACCUCUGAGAUGUGUCCAAUACAGUUGAAUUGUCAUGCUUAUUUAUAGAAUGUGGACUUAAAAUGACUAUAUUUACACUUUCUUGGUAAUAUGCAGGUCAUACAAGGUAAUCUGCAUAUGAAAAAGACAAUUUCCUGUCUAAAGAGUCUGAAUUUAAUACUUUACCUCUAAUACUCUUUCCGUGUGUAAUUAUGCUCUUAAACUAUACAUUGAACAUAUUCUAAGAGCUAAUGCUAUAGGUAGGGAUUCUAAAGACUUUUGUGCAGCAAUAGUUUACAACCCUUUUGUGAAUGAUACACAUGUAAAUGUUAGUAAAGCUGGUUUUCUUUAGUGUACCUCCUAAUGUAUUAGAAACUCAUUUUUGAGAAUAGCAGUUAGGGUUUGGUAUGUAGUAUCAGUCAGAAAAAUAGAAAUAUUUCUCCUUUUUUUAAUCUUCAGAUUGUCUUUGUAUUCUGAGCUUUUUAAUAAAGUAUG